AUGGCUAAGGACCUAUCUAAGCAUCCUCUGAUCAACUACAAGCAGCAAUCACAUGCAGUCCCUACGCCGGCCAUUCCUUUGUCAGUAUCUGCCGACAAAAGGCCCCUGGUGGGCAUCAAGGUCGUGGAGCUUGUUCGCAUUAUUGCCGGUCCCGUGAUCGGGACGACCUUAGCAGCUCUUGGGGCGGAUGUGAUCCGCGUGAACUGCGGCCGCCUGCCUGACUUCAAUGCCGGGGUGAUUCCCCGGAAGGGGCUCAGCCCUGACGAUCUCCUAAAAAUAGCUGGCAAGAGAGACAAGCGCAUCAUAUAUGUGGAGGAGAACUGUUACGGGCCAGAUGGGCCAAUGGCUAAGCGACCUAGCUGGCAGCAAAUUGCCGAUGCCGCCUCCGGAUGCUCUUACGUCACUGGACGAAGCUUGGGCUACAAAGACGGGAUAUAUGUGCUACCCGCUCUGCCUGUGCCGGAUAUGCUCACAGGCUUGAUUAGAGCCAUCGGUACUAUGAUGGCCAUUAGAGAUCGUGCACGCCAAGGCGGUUCCUACCAUGUGUUUGCUUCUCUCAUGACCGCGGCUGCUCUUCAUCUAAGCCCUGAGGUCGGGUUAUACUCACCAGAGGUGGUACAGGGCUGCAACCAGAAGUUUGGUUGGGACGAAACUGGACCUGACCUCUUUGUACUCGAGCUUUUGGAUGUGGUACUGAAAGCAUGGAGUCGAGCGAUGCCGAAGUACUCUGGAGAAGACUCAUCUUAUAUGUCUACCUUGAAAGGUGACUGGGGCGAGUUUCAGGUGCUGAAGCCCGUUGUUCAGCUGAGCGAUGCAAACGCGUCGCCAUACUUCUCAUCCGCACCCGAGCCUAACUGCUAUCGCAGCAGUGAUGCAAUGGCAUGGCGAUAG